UAAGACAAUGGGAUAGUGGCAGAGCUGUUUGAGGUGUAGGUGUAGGUGUAGGUUAGUCUGGAGCUGGCAGGUGGAGAUAUCGGACAGGUCGCCUGAGAGAGACGGAAUAAGUGAGGCCUAACAUGUCCACUACUGAAGAGAAGUUCUCUCUCCGGGAGGUGCUGGUCAGCUUCAAGGCUUGCUUGGUAGAUGAUGACCAAGAUGUGCUUGUAGAACAUUAUCUAAAUGGAUGGAAGGGAUUGGUCAGGUUUAUGAACAGCCUCGGGACGAUUUUUUCUUUCGUCUCUAAAGAUGCUGUCAGCAAAAUUCAGAUUAUGGAAAACUAUCUUAAAGGGGAAAAAGGAGAAAGGUAUCGGACUCUCCAGUCCAUGGUGGAGUACGAGCUCAGCUCUAACCUGGUGGAUCUGACAAAACGCGGCAGUCAUCCGGAGUCUGGUUGCCGCACAAUACUACGAUUGCACCGAGCCUUGCGCUGGCUUCAGCUCUUCCUAGAGAAGUUAAGAACAAGUACCGAAAACAGUAAGACCUCCACCCUAUGUACAGAGGCCUACAAUGACUCCUUGGCCAACUACCACCCUUGGAUUAUACGGAAAACCGCCACCGUGGCCUUCAUGGCGCUUCCCGUACGUAACACGUUCUUUGAAGUGUUGAACGUUGGGACGACUGAGGAUGUGGUGGACAUGCUUGGAGAAGCCAUGCCGUAUGUUUCCAAGGUCUAUGAUUUUACCCAAGAACUGUACUCCCAACACAACCUUCUAGAUCUACCAUGAAUGUUCUCCUUAGAGCAGUGUUUCCCAACCAGGGCGCCUCCAGC